AUGGUCUUAGACAAAGCCCAGCUGAGUGUGGACGAUGGCACGAUGACGAAGAGCUUUGUGGAGAUCACAGAUCCUGCUGCCAACAGUCCUGCUGACACAGCGACUCCCCCCACAGAAGUUAAGGCAGAGGCACCUGAGCACCCGGACCCCUCCAGGAUAGAGGUGGUGUCAGUGACGGAGGAAGACCUCCCCACGGUCGAGACCCCCAACACACUGAACGUCAGCCCCCUGGGCAGCUUUGCGGCUGACCCCCAGUCAGAGGACGAUCCCGCCAAACCUGCGGCCGCCCCCAGCCCCGGCAUGCCAAUCACCAAGGUGCAGCCGUUCAUCCACGAGGAUGACCUGGGGAAAAGCUGGAAGAACCGACUGCUGGCCCACCGCUUGGAGCUGUUGAUCGCCUCGUGCCUCGCCGUCGUGGUCACUCUCGCUCUCGGCGUCGGCCUCGGAGUGGGUCUGAGCUGUGUGGGGAAGUUUCGUUGUGGCUCUUCGUCUAAAUGCAUCAGCAGCUCGGCUCAGUGUGACGGAGACGUUCACUGUGACAACGGAGAGGACGAGCUCGGCUGUGUGCGUCUGAGUGGGAGGAGUUCUGUCGUGCAGGUCCAGAGAGGAGGGGUCUGGAGGACAGUCUGUUCAGAGGGCUGGAACAACUGGUUGGGGGUCUCUGCCUGCAGGCAGCUGGGAUACUCCAGGUACGUGGAGUCGUUCUUCAUCUCUCUGGCCUCCAUUGAGCAGGACCUUCAGUACAACCUGGUGUCCAUCAACCUGAGCCAAUCACAGAUCAUUAAACUCCAGAACGCCACGACCUUCAGUAAGACUGAGUGCAGCUCAGGGAGGGUGGCCACUCUGAAAUGUCUGGAGUGCGGCUCCAGGCCUCAGUACAACACUCGAAUCGUCGGGGGGAACAUCUCGAAGCCGGGGCAGUUCCCCUGGCAGGUGAGCCUCCACUUCAACAGCGAACACCUGUGUGGAGGCUCCAUCGUGACGUCGCGCUGGAUCCUCACGGCAGCUCACUGUGUGUACGGGUUUGCAGACCCCUCCAUGUGGGCGGUCCACGUGGGGCUGACGGAGCAGCCGGUCCACGGGGCUCAGUCCCUGGCUGUGGAGCAGAUCAUAUACCACAGCCGCUACAGGCCCAAAGGACUGGACUACGAUAUCGCUCUGAUGAAGCUGGCCGCGCCGCUUGUCUUCAAUGGCCUCGUGGAGCCCAUCUGUCUGCCCAACUACGGCGAGGAGUUUGAGGAGGGCACCAUGUGCUGGAUCUCUGGAUGGGGAGCGACUGAGGAUGAAGGAGAGACGAGCGUGGUCCUGCGCUCGGCCAUGGUGCCGCUCCUGUCCACUAAGACCUGCAACCAGCCGGAGGUCUACCAGGGCUUCAUCUCCUCCUGGAUGAUCUGUGCAGGAUACCUGGAGGGAGGAACCGACUCCUGCCAGGGGGACAGCGGAGGUCCUCUGGCCUGCGAGGACUCGGUGUGGAAGCUGGUCGGAGCGACCAGCUGGGGAAUCGGCUGCGCCGUGAGGAACAAGCCGGGCGUCUACACUCGCAUUACACAGUCGCUCAGCUGGAUCCGCCAACAGAUGGAGAGAGAAGAGACUCAAAAUCCUCCAACUCUGAGUUCAGACAACUGAAGCUCCUUGUUGCUUCUCACAGGAUUCUGUUUGGAUGUCCACACAUGAAAAACACCGACCAAAAACUAAAGAGAUCAACUCCAG